UCCCCCCCCUUUGCGACGACGCGUUCGCCCCCCGGCAUCGCACACGGUUGUACCCCCACAUAGAUGGAUAGAAAUUACCCGGGAACAGGGUUCGGCGAUUUGGGCGCUGGAGCAGGAUGGAGUUACGAGCGAUCGGCCAAAGCAAGUCUUGUCUAUGGGAGUUCCAGAUCAUCCCACCCUGAAUCGGAGCUCCUGCACCGCCAAGCCUACGCCACCCCACACCCUCUGCAGGGCUAUGCCACCAAUCACCACCCAGGGAGCUCCGGCCAAGGCGGGGCUUGGGGAGCAGCUGGACGGAGUUUGGGUCUGUCGGGGCUGUUUGACACUGGCCUGCACCACGCCAGCCCCUCAGCCCCCGAUGCCUCCGUCAUGAAUCUGAUUUCAGCGCUGGAGUCCCGAGGUCCCCAGGCUCCCCCCUCUGCCUCCUCCCUACUCUCCCAGUUCCGCACACCAUCCUGGCAGACAGCGAUGCACACGUCGGCUCCUCCAGAAUUAUUUAUUUCUGGGGCCCUUCCUGGCUCUGGCUCCUUCCCCUCCUCCUCCGCUCUCUCAGCCUAUCAGCACCCAGCAUCCUUUUCCAGUCGCUCCUUCCCUGGUGCAUCCCUUUCUCUCCAGGACACGCCCACGUUUAGCCCCACAUCCAACGGUCUGCUCUCCCCACAUGACCCCUUACUCCACAUCAAGGCUCCCUCUCAGUCCAGUCUGGGUUUUGACAGACUCCUGUCCUCGCAGGGGGCUGCAGCAGCCGCCUACAGGGGCAGCCAAGAUCCUACGGGUGCAACAUCAGCCCAGGGGUCCUCUGCCAGGCACCUGCAGUCGCACCAGUUCAACCUGCUGUCAUCACAGCUCCAGGAUCAGUCCUCCCAGCUGUAUAAUGCCUCAGUAUUCUCCUCCGCCCAGCCCCAAGCUCAGUCCCAGUCUCAGUCUAAUUCGGCUCAGGAGAGGGCUGUGCCCAGACAGGACAGCGUUAUUAAGCACUACCAGCGGCCAACGCCAACGCAGCCGCAACUCUCAUCGUCCGCUGCCCACUCCCUGCAGCACUACCUCAGCUGUGGGGGGGCAGGGUACCAACAAAUAGCCACCCAUCACAGACAUGCUGGACUGUCAUGCAGUCCGCUGGGUGACCAGAGCCCCUCGUCUGACCACAAGGCCUCCUCUCGUACAGAGCAAUAUCGACCAAUCAUCCAGCCUCCAUAUUCUUCAUCAUCCUCCUCCUCUUCUUCCUCUGCCGGGAAAGGCACCAAAAGCAGCUCCAGCAGUGGCUACUCAUCUGCCAGUUCGGCAUCAUCCUCAAGAACUCCUCUGACGCCCCCUUCUGCAUCCUCUACCUCUUCAUCCUCCUCAUCUUCUUCGGCCACCCCUGGGGCUCACCCUUCAAACUCAAUCCCCACCUCCAGCUCAAGUGCUGUCCCCCCAAGGCAGCAACCCCCCCCUCAAGCUGCUCCCCCUCCCCCAGCCUCUCAACAGCAACAGCCUCCUCCUACCACCACCUCAACACCUCAAUCACUCCCCAAAUCCUGCCUGUCGGGCUAUGGUUCUCCCGUUCCUCCUGUGAAGACCCCCACCUCUGCUCUUACUGGUCAAACCCCGCCCCAACAGCAGACUCAGUCGUACUCUCCAAAUCAGCCCCCAACUUCUCACCUGGCUCAGUCUUAUGGAGGCUUCAGUUCCCCACAGGCCCAGGACCUGAGCUCAGGUACUGGGGCAAAAGGUUAUGGAAGUUUAGGAGGGCGAAGUCAAUCCUACUCGACUGACAUAUAUGGAGCUGAUUCUGCUUAUGGAUCACUUCCUUCCUCUCUCGGUGGAGCCGGAAGCCCAUCACUGGGCUACGGUGCCCCAGGACAUUCCCCUGCGCUUCUAAGGUCAAGCGGUUCAUCAGGUAGUGGAGCAUCUGGGGGAGGAAGCAGCAGUGGUGCUGCAAGUGGAAACUCGGGGUCAGGAGGUGGAGCAGGAAAUGGUAUGACCAGUGAGAGAGGUGGAGGAGGUAGCGGGGGAGGGUCUUAUCAUAUUCCAGACUCUAGUCCCUCCCCAUCUGGAAACUCGGGCAUUAUCCGCCCAGGGUUGCACUCUCCUGUGCCUGCAUGUGCCACGCAAUCUCCCGGAGGUGCUGGUUCUAAUAAAUACAUAUCAUCUGUCCUCUCCCCGACCUUCCUAAGCUCCCCACAGGGCUACCCUGACACCAGAGGUCCCAACUCUCAACCUCAAUCCUAUCACCCCACCUCCUCCAAAACAAAGGCUGACACUUCAUUGCUCGGGGUUGGUUCUCAGAGAUCCCAAGAGGAAGUAGAUGAUGAUGAUGAGUUCUUGAUCCAGCACUUGCUGCAGGCACAAGCGAGUCCUGGUCCCCAGGCUUCUCACCACCACCCCCAACAACAGCCCCAACAGACAUCCCAGCAAACACAGUCUCAGUCAGCUCCACCGACAACUGAUGCAGGCAAAGGCCUUAGCUAUGACAUGGGAAAGUCUUCUGAGGAAAGGUACCAUCCUCAGAGUGUCAUACGCACCCACAGCGCCACAUCCUCUGCUGGAGUUAGCAAUGCAGCUUCUGCAGGGUCCAUCUCUGGGCUGGAGGGUCAGCUGGAGAUGUCAUUGAAGAAACAGCAGCAACAUCAACAACAACAACAACAACAGCAUCAUCACCAACAGCAGCAGAGGAACGAGAGACCCGCUGGGAGCACCAGGAGUAGUGGAGGCCGAGGCAGUGCUGAACAAGUACACUCGCAUCUUCUUCACCAUGACAACUUAGGCUCAGUCGUCCACUACGGGCGAGGGGACCCUUACACGCAACACUCACUUGGUCCCCAACACUCCUCACAUAAUCAACACGUGUCUUCACAUUCGCAGAUACCAUCCCAUUCCCAGAUGGAAUUACAGAAAAAGGAGCGUGCCGAAAUCCCUUAUCAUCGAAAAACACCAGAAAUUCAGCCACAGCAUCCACAGCCUCAAACCGCCGCUUCUCUUAUGGAUUCCCCCACGGAUCAGUCCCACCAGCCGCCACACCUCCUCCAGUCCGUGCUGUCCCAUACAACACGCAACAAACUGGAGCCUCAUCCACAGCACCACAAGAUGGACACACACCGGCAACACCAACAGCACCAUAAAAUGGACACCCUCCCAUCACAUCAGCAACACCCUAAAAUGGACUCCCACUCGCAGCAUCAGCAGCACCACAAGAUUGACUCUCAUUCCCAACAGCAGCAGCACUCCAUCAGCCAGCAGCAAGCUGCAAUGGAGAGUGCUGGUGGGCGACUUGGCUCUAACAAGCAUCAGGCUCAAGCUCAGUCCCAAACUACUCAGCUCCAACUUCAACUCCAGUCACAAGCUUUAGAGGUGGCAGCUGCCCAUUACAACCAUGGACCUUCUUCACAUCAACAUGAACAGGGCAAACAAAGCUCAGUGGUUUCUUCUUUAGACAUGCUGGAGCGCUCUCUUUCCCAGACAUCGAGCGCUGAGGUAGCCAUUGCAGAGGACAGACGUAGUGGGGGAAGAAGCGGAGGAAGCAGUGAGCGCCACAGACAGCAAGAACAGCAACAGAGGCAGCACCCGUCUCACCAUCACCAAGCGCCACACACGGGCUCAGAACUUCACUCUUUCCUCUCCGAGCCGGAAAUCGGCAUGUCCACCCCUACCCACAUGCACCACCUUUCACAGCACCACCCGCAACAGCAGCACCCCAGUUCUCAACACCAACAAGGCCAUCCUCACCACCCUCACGCCCAACCACAGACCCCACACCCUCACCAUAUACCCCCUCCCUCAGCCACAGCCCAUUCCCAAUCCCAAGCUGAUUCGCAGCAGCCCCUACCAUCACAGCUCACCCCCCAGCAGAGCCAGCUGGACCAACAGCGCUCAGAACAGCACCAGUUUGACACUGUUAGUCCAGUGGAGAAAGCAGACCAGAACCAACAAAAUAACCGCUUUGUUCCCCUCACGUCCAUCUGCUUUCCUGACGCCCUUCUCCAGGAUGAGGACCGCUCCUUUUUUCCAGGCAUGGAAGACAUGUUUUGUGCAGAGGACUACAAGUCAAGUUGUGCUGGUGGUGCAGGACCCGGUCAGGAGGAGAUGAAUGAAAGCCACACUGGGCAGGAGGGUCUGGGCUCCAUGAAAGCUGGACAGAGUGGAGGUGGACCUGGGGCAGGUAGUGGCUCUGGCUAUGAUAUGAUGGGUCAUCAUGGAGAUCAGGGUUAUGAGCCAUACUGUCACAGCCUGCAAGAGCCCAGCAACAACACAAUGACUCUGGAUCUUGACUCCCUUAAAACCCACGAACUGCCCUCCACAGUUAAUACUGAACAACUGGGGUUAAUUCAAUCCCAGGGCCCACCUAUGGGUAUGGGCCCUAAUACUGCUGGACCUAACACACCUGGUGCAAAGAUGUCAUCUGGGCCUGGAGGAACCAGCACAGGAGCAAGUUCCGGCGGCCUCCAGUCUCCGAUUUUCUGCUCAUCUCGUCCGAAGAAGCUCCUUAAAUCUAGCUCCUUCCAUCUCCUGAAGGAGCGCAGAGACCCUAACACACUGCCGAAGAAAAGUUAUGCUCAAGAGUAUGAGUUUGAAGAUGACGAGGAUAAAGCUGACCAGCCAGCUGACAUCAGAUUGAACAGUCGCCGGAUUCCUGACCUUCUUCCAGACUUGGUGUCCAGCUGCAGAAAAGGAGGGGCAGGCAGUGGGUCUCUCAGCCCUUUAAUGGGCGACAUUGACUUCUACCACUCCUCUGGCUACCCAUCAAUGGGGGCACACUCUCUUUUGCCUCAGGAUGGCCCUAAAAAGAGAGGUCGGAAGCCUACUAGGCCGAAGAGGGAGGGCCCCCCGCGGCCUAGAGGCAGGCCUCGCAUCCGCCCCAUGCCCGAGCCCUACACGCCGCGAGGAAUGAUGGGAGAAAUGGCCGGAGCGGCGAGCGGCGGAGGGGGAUUCAAUGUGGAGGGGCGAGGGAGGGGAAGGGGGCGCGGUAGCCGGGGAAGAGGAGGUCGGAGAGAGGAUAUGUACAUGGAAAUGAGCGGUAAGGAGCCAGAGCAGAUGCAUCACCACCAGCAGCAGCAGCAGCUUCAUCACCAAUCUCAACAGCAUGAACCUAUCCCACCUCUGAAGAUCAAGUUGCCAAUUCCCAUGUCCUCCUCCGAUGCCUUGCUGAGGACAGACUCUCUGUCUGGCACAGACCCCGCUUUGUCUGAUGGCUCAGUUGGGUCAGCACCCUCGCUUGGACUCAGUCCUGGUCCAUGCAGCACUGAGAGCACCAGGAUGCAGGACAAAAACAAGCAGAAAAGCCUGAUGAUGAAUGAAGGAAUAGCUGGGGACGGUCUGGAGGAAAGGGGUGAUGAGAAGGAUUCUGAGUCCAAGGCUGGCUUAGUCGCUUCUUUCUUAGACUUCCUCAAGACCGGGAAGAGACCCCCAGGCUUGGAUAUUUCCCCCGGGAUGGAACAUGACAAUGGUGAAACCUCCCCUUGCAAAUCUGGCGGUCUGCGCCCACUAUCCCCGGUUCCUCCGCCGCCCCCGCCGCCACCACCUUUUGGGGACAGCGAAGGGAAUGGCGGUCUUGCCCUGGGCAGCUGCCCCAGCCCUAAGCGCUUGGAGGACGAGUUGAAACGGAACCUGGAGACUCUGCCCUCGUUUUCCUCUGAUGAGGAGGACUCCGUCGGAAAGAAUCAGGACCUCCAGAAGAGCAUCUCCUCAGCCAUUUCCGCCCUGUAUGACACUCCUCAGCUUACAGCCAACAUCCAUCCCUCUUUACCUCCCCCGCCGCAGUCUUCACACUCCCCUCUGACACCCACAUUGCUGCCCCCUACCCUUAGCCCUCAGCCUGCCAUGCAUACACCCCAUGCACAACUCCAGCCCGAUGAACCUGGCAUCCUCCAGUCAGAGGACGAAAACAUGGAUGAGAGUAAUGAGGGGGAGAAUGAGCAGGAGAGGAGUACUAGAGAGAAUGAGGAGAAUGAUAUGAUGGAGGAGAGAGAACCUCAGCUGGAGACUCUUGGAGCUCCUAAGCUUGAAGUGUCCCUCCCGGAGAUUACUCCUGCAGCAGCAACCCCCGAACCUCCCUCCAUCCCACCAUCUCCUGCUUCAUCUUCCUCGUCUCCUUCCCCCCUUCCUCCUCUUUCUCUUCCCUCAUCUCCUCCUCCACCACCGGAGGAACAAAGAGAGCACUCCAAGCCUCCGAGUCCCGUUGCUGCAAAAUCUCUGACUCCUCCACCUCCCCUGACUGCUACUCUCCCUUUGCCUGCUACUUCUCCCCCUCCUUCUGCCACUUCUCCUCCUCCCGCACAAGCGUCUCCGCAGAAGGAGUCUCCCACACCCUCCCCAGAGUCCCCAGCUUCUCCCGAAGAAGAGCGACCACCUCCGAAGCUCACCUCUUUGCACCUGGCUCAGAAGCAAGAGGACGCAGCCAUUGCCGGAGAGAGCGAGGAGGAUGAGAGCGAGAGCGGCGGGGAGGGCAUCUUCAGAGAGAGGGAUGAGUUUGUGGUGCGAGUGGAGGACAUUCGAACACUCAAGUUGGCCCUGCAGACUGGCCGGGAGCCUCCACCUAUCUGGAGGGUGCAGAAAGCCUUGCUGCAGAAAUUCAGCCCAGAGAUCAAAGAUGGACAGAGACAGUUCUGUGCCACAAGCAAUUAUCUUGGCUACUUCGGAGAUGCCAAAAGACGAUACCAGCGCAUCUAUGUCAAGUUUUUGGAGAAUGUCAACAAGAAGGACUACGUCAGAGUCUGCUCUCGAAGGCCGUGGCGUCGAAACACACCUACUCUCAGGCGCCAGUCUUUCCCCAGAAUGGCUUCUCCUCCAUCAAACCAAGCGCCACCAAAAGAGGAACGAUUGACCCCGCCCAACCAGCGGGAGAAGGAGCCGAAGGAGAAAACGAGAACGAGCACGCCACCGGCAAAGGAACUACUGGAGAAAAAGGAGGUCCCAGCUGCAGUGGCCAAGUCCAAGGAGAAAGAGCGCGAGGUGGAUAAAGACAAGGACAAGCGAGUGCAGCCGUCUGAGGACAAAGCGGAGAAACGCACCACAGAACGCGGGAGAGCCAAGGAUGAAAGGAAAGCACCAGAGAGAAAAGACAAACCUGAGCGAACACCAAAGUCCAAAGCAGCUAAGGUGAAGGCCGAACCUCCCCCUAAGAAGAGAAAGAAGUGGCUGAAGGAAGCUCCCUCCUCCUCUGACUCAGACUCCUCGGAUGAAGCCGCUAGUGAGAAUGAAAUGCCCGUGAAAGGGGGCGUGAACAACCGAGCCAUGAGGGAAAUGUUCCGCAGCUAUGUGGAAAUGCUCGUCAGCACAGCCCUGGACCCUGACAUGAUCCAAGCCUUGGAGGACACAGACGAUGAGCUUUAUCUCCCCCCCAUGAGGAAGAUCGACAGCAUCCUCAGCGAACAGAAGCGGAGGUUGUUGAGGAGAGUCAGCAUGAGCUCUCAGCAUCAGGAGGUUCUGCAUGCGUACCCCCAGAUCAUCGUGGACCCCUUGGACUUGGGAGUGGUGAGGGUGCGGCUUAGCGGUGACGCCUACAACCGCAAGACUCUCAACAGAGUCAAGAAAAGUCUGCCUAAACCACAGGACCUGAAGCUGUCGUCCGAGUCCUAUCGAAUCUACAGUCUCUACCACUCUCUGCACCAUUAUAAAUACCACACCUUCCUGCAGUGCAAGAAAGAGACCAACACCAUCGAGCAGGCGGCCGAGGACCCGGGUCAGGAGGAAGUGGUGCAGCAGUGCAUGGCCAACCAGAGCUGGCUGGACACGCUCUUCAGCUCCUUCAUUGAACUGCUCACGCUCAGCACCAAAGCCUGAGAGUACAGCCCAGGGAGAUGGGAUUAAUUAAAGUAGGAUAUGAAAAGAAGAAAAAAACGAUGGAUCCCACUGUACAGCCCCCCUAUCCCCCCUACCAACUUUCCUCAUAUCUCAAAGAUGUGAGGAUGUAUUUUCAAGGCCCUUGAUGAACUCAAGGCUGUCAGAACAAUGCCCUCUUUUUCCCCCCCCCUUCUUGAACAAUGACUAAAGACUUGUGUUGCACUUCGUGAGGAGUGGGACCCCACCGGAUUAGGGGUCACUUGCGGGUCAAGAGGGAUUCUGACCACCACCCGUGAACGGGAAGGCAAGAUGGUAAAGAAAGAAAGGAGCCACAACGCCACUAACAUCUUGUUAACUGUGUGUCAUUUCGACAAUAGCGCAAAGAGAAACUAUUACUGCUUAGUUUUUACAUAAAUUAUUUUUUUGAAAAGACUAACAUCAGCUGUGGGCUUUCAGAAAAGACUGGAAGAGGGCGAGAAUGCUUUUUAAAGUGCGUGUGGAGCGUGCAGUGAGCAGCGAACAUGGACUCCAACCAGUAGAUGUGUUAAUAAAUGCCCUCUCUCUCAUUCUGUGCUACGUGAAGGGCAGCACGACUCAGCUGUGUGAUAAUAUAUAAACACAUUUUUAUUAUUUAUAUGAGGAGGUUUUUAACUUAACAAGCGCUGGAUUGCUGCCCUAACAUUUGAAAUACUUUUUAUUGUCCACAGGUUCAGUAUACAAUCGUGACCCACAUAUCCAAGCCGUCUUCCCCUCUAUACGUAAGAAUGGACGUUAAGACUGACAUAAUGUAUCAAAUACAGUGGGUGUAAAAUAAUAAGAAAAAAGAAAUGGGAGAAAAAGAAAGUGGGGGAAGUGUAUUUGAAACUUUACAUUGUUGUGCUUCAGUUCAAUCAUCAGUCAUGCAGAUGCAAAGAAAAAGUACAUUUCCGGUGCGGUAAGGAGUAUAAAUAGGUCAUAUUUAAAGAAGAAAUAGUCAUGUCAUUUUUAUCAUUUUGAUGUAUGUGCAUACUUAUUUUGAAAACAAUCUAAUUUUCCAUACAAAAAAGGAAAAAUGGUGUGUAAAUAUUGUACAGUUCUUGAUGAUAUUCUUUGUCCUUCUGUACAUUAACUCUCCUGUAUUUGAGAAACAAAUAAAACCUGCAAAGAUC